UCAUUUCACCGAAUCAAAUUGUUAUGUUGGUGUGUGAAAGGAAAACAUCAAAUCACUUUCUCUAAGAGCGUAGCUUUAGCGAACCUCAAACGUUGAACCGAGUUUGAAAUGCCUUCAUUACUUUACGUGGACAGCCCAAGGAGUUAUCGAAGAAUUCAAGGGGAGAAGAAGAAAUACAUGGCCAAAGGCGCCACAAUUUCAUGGUUGUCAGACCAACUGAGCAAUGGAGCAAUCUUGUUACUUCUCGACUGCCGACCGUACGCCGAGUAUGCUCAGUCCCAUGUACAGGGCGCGAUUAAUUUAACUAUUCCUUCCCUCAUGCUACGAAGACUAAAGAAAGGCGCAAACUUCGCCAUAAGUUCAAUGAUCACUUCGGAGGAUGGCAAGGCUCAGUUUAACAGGAAUCUUCGCCUGGCGUCGGGAAUAGUUUUGUACGAUUCGGAAACGAACGAUGUGUCGAGCGUAUGUUCAAACAGUGCCUUAGGAGUCUUGCUGAAGAAGUUUUCCGAAGAUGUCAAUACGCCAGUUUGGUUACUUGAAGGUGGCUUUACGAAGUUUGAGAAUAAGUAUCCCAGUUUUUGCGUCGCUGGAGAACUCGUCGAUAGACCACUGCUGUCUCUGUCAGGAUUGACGAUACAAGACACCGACAUCAAUGACCGCGCGUUGAAACUUGAACCAAUUACACCACAAAUCACUGAUCACCAAGAGUCCACGACAAAAGUCCCUGUUCAGAUCCUACCUCGUUUAUACCUUGGCAGCGAAAAGGAUUCUUCAGAUUUGGAACUCUUAAAGAAAUACGAAAUUUCGUAUAUCUUAAACGUUACACACGACAAGCCGAACUCUUUCGAACAUUUGCCUGAUUUUAAAUACAAGAAACUCCCAGUAGAAGACAACUGGAGAGCUAAUCUAUCCGACAUGUUUCCAGAGGCAUUUCAAUUCAUAGAUGAGGGCAUCACACAGAACCGUGGAGUUUUAAUUCAUUGUCUUGCCGGAGUCUCGCGUUCGGUGACUGUAACUAUCGCCUACUUAAUAUCAGCCCUCAACAUGACUUUAAAUGAAGCUUACGACUUCGUGAAACAAAGAAAGCCGAGUGUUAAUCCAAAUUUGAACUUUAUGGGACAACUACUGGAGUUUGAAAGGCAACUCAGAACACCUCAAACCCCAAGUUCCACGACGAGUACGCUCUCGAGCGACUGUAGUUUAGACGGCGAAGUCGGACUUGAGUUGAACGUUGUUCGUUGGAGCUGUCAAAAGGUUGAAUUCAAAUCAAGCUGAUAGAUUAUAACAGAACUUAAGAAUUAUUCUCCGGAAACAAAAGGACGGCAAGCAAUGAUCUUUAAUGAAAGAGUUACAAUUAGCAGAGGUUAUGCCGAGAAAGUUUAAAACUAUUUCGUAUCGGAGAGAUAUACAGUUACUUUAAGGAUAGAGCGAACGAAAUCGUUUUAAAGUUAUUUAGAAAUUGAAGUUAUAGUUUUGUAUAGCGCAUUGAAACCAUUUUGUGGUAGUUUGAAUAAUCUUGAGGGAACUUUGCAUUGUAUGCAAUUAAACUGUAAGCACACUUUUGUGCUCAUCGA